GUUCAAAGUCAAUAAUUUGGCAAAAAAUAUAAUGUUCAAAGUCAAUAAUUUAGCAAAAAAUAUAAUGCUCGAAGUCAAUAAAAUGACGCCUGACUUUUCUUCAUAGUGUUUGGAUUAGAACUCUUCCUUCACAUACAAGGAGAGAUCUAUUUUUAUCAAAUUUUCAUCUCUCACACUCGAAGAUCAUUCAAGAGCAUUAUUUCUGUAGUCCCUACAAGUCUAUAACUCCAAUCCAAGCAUCAUGGCUUCUUAUGGAACUAUGCAACGGCCAGGUACCUCCUCAACUUCACCUCCAUUGACUCAGACUGACGACUCCAAAGACUCAGCACGUAAGAAGCGCAAUGACUUCAAGCUCCUUUGCCCCUUCAACAUCCCCAUAAGCCCAGAAGCCGCCGCUGUCCGAAUUAUCAGAAACUUAAGGUAUUUCGGAUUAUACUACACUCUCUUUGUAUGGAUUAUACUCUUCAUAAGCCUUGUUCCCAGGCGCAAAGUUUCCUUAAUUCUCUUGGUGGUCAUGACAAUUGUGACAUCCUUGUACCUAACAUUACUGCGUGCACUGCCUAAUUCUGUUGUCCUACAUAGAAUUAUUGACAAAAGACUAGUACUGACUUUGCUAGCCAUUGGGACUGCGGUUGAGCUCAUUUUGACAAGGGCAGCUAUACAUCUUCUUGUUAGCUUAGCUUGUGGAAUACCAAUAGUUUUGGUUCAUGCAGUUUUAAGGGUUAGUGAUGAUCUUUUUGUGGGUGAGGAGGCUUGUGCUGCUGGGGAAUUGGUUCCUCUUGUACAUGGGAAAACUGGUGAUGUUGAUAUUGAAUCUCCAGCUUCUGUUUGAUUGAAUUUUUUUUUUUUUUUU